GACGAAGCAGGUCUCAUGUUACCUUCGACUUAGAUCGUGAAUUUAUCUGGACAUUAUUUUUUGUGUCGAGAUACAACUCUUCUUGCCUACGGCGACAUCGGACUCGUUUCUGGACGAACCCCUCUUUUUUCUUGGUAUCUACAAAAGAAGCGGGACAAGAUAGUAAUAGUACAUGCUUAUAUUUGGAUCAACUGUCCCCCACCACCCCCACCUUGACCGUCUUCGAAAGUUACAUUUGUUUUAUUAUCUGAUCCGAAGAUGACGCGGAAGAUCCUCUGUCUUCAUGGAAAGGGAACAAGUGGUGCGAUAUUUAAAUCGCAGACAUCUUCAAUCCGUGCCCACCUCAAAGAUCUCGAUGUCGACUUCCAUUUUAUUGAUGCACCGUAUCGCUCAACCCCCGCCGCCGGCAUCGAUCUAUUCUAUCCGGGACCUUACUACUCGUUCUGGGAAAGCGAAGACGCCUCGCACAUCGCUCACACACGCGCCUGGCUCAACCAACUCAUCGCCGAAUCAGGCCCUUACGAUGCCGUGAUGGCAUUCUCACAGGGCUGCUCCGUGAGCGCCGACAUGUUACUCCAUCAUCAGGCAGAGUCUCCGAACUCUCCACCUCCGUUCAAAUCGGCCAUCUUCAUCUGUGGCGGACCCUUGCUCACAGAACUCGAGCGACUGGGCUACACCAUCUCCCUAGAUGCAUGGGAGCGGGAUCACGCAUCGCGCAAAGCGCUCGCUGAGCAGGCUGAUGUCAGCGCUAUUCUCAGCAAGGGGUCCGCGCGCUGGGGUGCUGGUUUGGAUAGCGCUGCAUUACCGAGUUUUGAUGAGUUGACGAGCGAAAUUACAGGGCCGUAUCAGAUCCAGGUCCCUACGGCUCAUGUGUAUGGUGCGAAGGAUCCGAGGUAUUUCUCUGGCGUGCAGUUGGCGGGAUUGGGUGAGCCUAGUAAGAGGAAGGUGUUUGAUCAUGGAGGCGGGCAUGAGAUUCCUAGGACUGAUGUCGUCAGUAGGACGAUUGCGGAUAUGGUGAGGUGGGCGGUAGAUCAGGGAAGGAGGUGUUAAUUAUACAGAAAUAUCGCACAUUAGAAAAAAUAGAAUUCGGUACAU